AACGUUGAAAUGAUCUCUCUUUCAGAAAUCACUGUCUAUUGCCGAUUUCUUAAAGUUUUCGGUAUUCCAAAUUAAGUUUUGCUAUCUAAUAUGGAGAAUGGACUUAGUUAUAUUAGUUCAGAUCAGGCCUCCACAGCACCUUACACAACAGUACCAAAACUCUUACAAAAAUGGGCGUCCCUGAAACCGGACCAAGAUGCUUUCGUGUUUUACAACCAAGACCUAAUACGGAGAUCGAUUACAUACAACAGGCUCUAUAAGGAUUCUGUUAAACUGGCGAAAGGACUUGUAAGUAAAGGUCUUGGGAGGGACGAUAUUGUGGGGGUCGGAGGAAACAACACACCUGAAUGGCUGGUGAGUGCUUUUGCUGUACAACUAGCAGGUGCCCGUCCAAUUCAUUUUCCCUUCUUGGACAAGUCAGGUAAUACAAUAAAAGAGUUCUUAAACAAUGUUGGAGGGUGUUCAAUGUUGAUCUUUGACCCAGGACAUGAGGAUGGCCACUGGAAAACAAUUCAGAAUCUUGCUACAGUUGAUCCAGAAACAGGCUUUGUUAGAAAAUCAGAUAUAGUCUCUCUUAAAUGGGUAGUGUUGGAAAGUCCCUUGAAUUCAUCGGAAAAAAUCCUGACAAUCUCAGACUUAUUCUGCGAUGAGGACAUUAAAUUACCUAAAAUUGACCCGGACGAUAUUGCAGUGAUUCUAACAACAUCAGGUAGUACGGGACGUCCAAAGCUAAUACAAGGUAGCCACUAUUUUCUUAUUGAAAAUGGUCAAAGGUUGGGUAAGGCAGGGGUCAUAGAUUACUUAAGAGAAAAACAAGAGCCAUUCAUCUACUUUAAUGACCGACCUUUCUACUGGGGUGGAGGUUAUCCAUGUUGUGAGCUUGCAUAUGGAGGAACGCGCGUAACUAUAUCGAGUACACUUGCAUUUCCGUCAAUUUCUGACACGAUCGAUUUUUUGUCCAAAAUCAUAAAGCGAGAAAAACCAAGCUCUGGUUUUAUCAUUGUUCCUUUUCUGCUAGAAAUAAUUUCAAGGGAUUCUUUUCCAUGGAAAUUUCAUUCGGUAAUUACAGGAGGUCAACCUGUUCCAGCCAAAUGUUUAGAUGGAAUUGGGAAAUAUUAUGACGUUAUUUCUGACACUUAUGGAAACACAGAGAUCGGAGUAUUGGCGGUCAAUAUAAGUCGUUCAUCUUUUACAUCAACUGGAAAAGUUCCAGCCGAAGGAAUCGAAAUUAAAGUCAUAGGACCUGACGAAAGAAUGGUACCUCUUGGAGAGAAGGGUGAAAUAGCUGUACGUUCGUGUCCUUCAUUCAGAGGUUAUGUAAACGACGAAGAGCGAAACAAGAAAGUACUCACUCCGUCUGGAUGGUACAAAACGGACGACUUGGGCCACAUCACAAAAGACGGUCGAUUGGAAGUACUUGGAAGGGUUUCUGAUGUCAUGCUUAUUUCAGGAUCGAAAGUUUUACCCUCUGUUAUCGAAGCUAUCAUAAGGAAACACCCAGGUAUAAAGGAUGUUGUCGUCUUCCCUAUUAAGGAUGUAAAGCACGCAGACGACGUCCCUUGUGCUGCCGUUAUUAGGAAGGAAGGCGUGAAAGUAACCGAAAAUGCUUUGCGCGAAUUUGUUCGCAGAGAAAUAGAUACUGACGAAGAGGCUGUUUUUAUUGAAAACAUAUAUGUUCCAAAACACAUUGUUUUUCACAACGAAGAUUUUCCAAAAACACAAACUGGAAAGAUAGACAGAAAUGCAACGCGAAAUUUGUCUAUUCCUCGCAUUGAGGAAACACGAUACAAUGCAAUUUUCAGUUAUGGAAAUAAGCCCACAAUUUAAAAAGAAAAACAAUAAUAUAAGGAGUCUCUUUAAAAGAGUACGUAUAUUUUUUAGUUUUCAUUUUUAAGCCAAUAUUUAGAAAAUAAAAACUAUUCAACUAU